GACGAAUGAAUGACUGAAACAUAUAGCUGCAAAUGUCAUACUUUGUAAACACACAAACAGAACACGUUCUUCUCACAUGGGCAGCAGGACGGCAUGAUGUGGUAUGCAGUCUGAGGAAGUUUCCCACAGUCUGUAUCAAGGGUGUAAGAAAGCAGGCAGUGCUGGAUUCUGCUUCCUAAUCCGUGCAGAGCAGUGUAUACAUUUUUUUUGUUAAGCUUUUAAAUGAGGGUUGAUGCUUGUCUUAAUUUGAAGGAAAUUAAUUUCCUUUCUCAAAUUAUUGGAGAUAAAAACACAGUUAUAAAAUUAUUGUUUUAGUCGUUUAUCUUGGGGGAAAAAAAUCUCAGUUCCACUACUGAAGCCUGUCGGUCUUGUUGGGGAGUUCAUACAUUAUGAGGACUUGUGCUAGGCUGGUUGCUAGGCUACGUAGUCCUGAACGUGGGAGCUUGGAUGGAUAAUGGAUUAAACCUCUUAAAGUCUCUAAUACUCCGCAACUUUUGCCUUUUUUAGAGAGUCUGAUGUACAAUCAUGUUUUUUUGUUAUAUUACAUCAACUUGGCUUUAAGCCUACGAUUCAAGCUGGUGUCAGUAUCUAUUAGAUCUAAUCAAUGUGUGCUCACAAGGCUUUAGACCUUUGCUGGAUAUUUGAACAAAUGAAUUAGAGUUAAAUACUUAUAUUUAAUUAAGGUCAACAUGUAAUCUGAAUUCCAAAAAAUUACAAACGCUUGGUUUUAAAACUACUGGAAAUGUUAUCUAUUGGAAAUAAGUUAGAAUGAACCUUGUUGUCUGUCUCUAUGUUUAUUUUUGGGCACUCUAUUCAUAGAUCUUUUUGCCAGCUAGUAUCAGGUAACACUUUCAACUUUUACCCAGAGUGAGACACACACAGGCCAGGCUUGACCCAAAGUUUGAUAUGUGUAUACUAAAACCACCCUCUUAUCUGGAUAAUCAUUUUAAAGAGCAAGUUUGUACACAGCACAAUAUCUCAGCUUUGCAUGUGUAGUAUUCACAUGACUGACACCAUACCACUUAAUGUAAAACUUGUGAAUUUAGUCUGUCUCAGGGCGCUUGUUGGCCUAGCGGUUAGGCUGCGUGCCAAAGGAACAGAGGCUAUAGUCCUUGUAGCAGACAGCCGGGUACCAACUCCUACCCUCGCCAUUUCUUGCCUGUCAUUCUCCAUUUUCUCUCUCUAGUUUCUGACUGUAUCCACUGUCUUAUCUACUAAAUCUGAAAAUUCAGUCUGUUUUGUUAUCAGCUAAAAACUCUUCCCUGUCAUGUUAUUGAUUUCUCUAAACAGAGUACAAUAAUUCUCAAAUACAGAAUCAACCUGCCUCUGUUCAAUCAAACAAAACGGUUUGAUGAAGUGUCAAAUGAAUAAUCUUUGUUGCAGGAAAGAGCAAACCUAACAGUAUCAUGCCUGUAUCAAGUCAUUACAGGCGUCUGGUAAGUGAAGUUGACUAUUUAAUUAGGGCGACGAAUAGGAUAUUUUUAAUCAUCAAAUUCCAAUAAUGUUUUGAUAAAUCAAGUGACCCCAGAGUGCUUAUUUAUGACAACACUGCUUUUUAACUUAGUUAAUAUGUAUUCAAUAUUUUGUGAAUAUGUAAGACACAUCUACUGUGUAGACUGUCCAACAGGUAGAUUUAACACAUGUUUAGACAUUGUAAGAUUAUGAUAUGGUACUGUUGGUAGCAUUUACUAUCUCUGUUUUAUCAACAUGAUUUGGUUGGUUUUUAUUUGGCCAGGCACAAAUGUUUUUUGUUUUUUGUUUUGACUAGCUGUGAUUUUCAGUUUGCCUAAACCUAAAGAAAAUUUAGACCAGAAUGUCUGGCACGGAUUGACCUGGCCUUUAGUCUUGUUUAGAUUUAGUCUUUCUCCUUCCACCUGUUAUGAAGUGUUUGGUUGUGCAGAGUCAUGAUGCCUCAAGUGUAACCUGGUCUUGGUGUAAUUAUGGGCACCUUUACAGCUUUUAACUCAGGGUGGGAUAAGAGCAACACAGUGAGAGCAGGACAUCGCAAAUCACUGAGAGUAAAAUGUUUUCUCACCUGUAGGACACGAGGAAGUGAAAAUGAUCCUCUCCUCCACCCUCCAUCCCCUGUUUUCUCUCUCCAUCCAUCAUCCCUCACUUCCUUUCUCAUUUGAUCUGCAUGUUUACAAGAUGUAGUGAUUUGCCUCUCCAUCUGGGGAGAUUAGCUGUCCAAGGCUGUCCUUCUACAUGCAACAUAUAAGGAUGAGAGGAGAGUGAGACAGACACACUCUUCCUCCUCUCAACUCUUUAGUUAAAACAUUUUCUUCUUUGAAAACUUGUUUGUGGGAUGUUCUGCACUGGCUGUUAUUAUGAUUUGGAAUCAGUUUGUCACGACUCUGUUCACUCCAAUGACAGUCUGUCGGACUCUAGUCCACCUGCUCCUGGUGUUCCUACUCAGGUAGUCCAACCAGUUCAGACCACCACACAGCAGAGGUCAGUGUUGCAAGCAGCCAAGAGGAUUCAGAGUGGCCACGUCAACAGCCUGCAGUCUGUGCACAUUAACCAAGAGGUGUACUCUGGUCAGGUGCAAUAUGUAGAUGGAGGAGGAGACGCAACAUUUACUACAUCCACCAUUCGAGCAAGCAACUACCCUUUCUCGGACUCGCCCAUCUACUCUCAGACUCCUCCCCCCUCGUCCUCCACGUACUAUGAGGCCACGCCCAGUUCAGAGUCAGACCUCAGCGGCUCUGUGACCUCGCAGUCGGUUUCUGUGGCAACAGCAGGAGCCAAUAGUGGGGGAGCAGCUGUGGGCGGAGGAGGCUAUGUCAUUCAGGGAGGUUAUAUGUUAGGAGGGGGAGGAGCAGCAGGUGGAGGUGUUGGAGGACAGAGUUACUCCAGCCCAAACUCUCGGGCGCCCCCUGCUACUGUGCAAUGGUUGUGUGAUAACUACGAGGGGGCAGAGGGAGUGAGUUUACCUCGCUGCACUCUCUACUACCACUACCUGCUGCACUGCCAGGAGCAGAAACUAGAACCUGUUAAUGCUGCAUCCUUUGGCAAACUCAUCAGGUCUGUCUUCAUGGGGCUACGGACACGGAGAUUAGGAACCAGAGGGAACUCUAAGUAUCACUACUAUGGCCUCAGGAUCAAAUCUGGCUCCGCUCUGCUCAGACUGAUGGAUGAACAACAGCACAUGGCCAUGAGGCAGCAGCCUUUCUCACAGAAAAGCAGGAUAAAGCCAGUUCAGAAGACACAGGGGAUCACCAAUGGGACAUCAGGUGUAAUGGGACAACAGCAGGGGGGAGCACUCUGUGAUAUAUCAGCACAGGUGCAACAGUAUCAACAGUUUCUGGAGGCUUCCAGGCUGCUACCAGACUUUGUGGACCUUGAUCUGCAUGAUCGGACCCUGCCUGAUGGAAUCCUUUCAGAACACCUAAAGGCCUUUCAGACUCUCUACAGAGAACACUGUGAAGCCAUACUGGAUGUGAUGGUCAACCUUCAAUUUACUCUUGUGGAAACACUGUGGAAAUCCUUCUGGAGGUUCAGCCAGAGCAGUGACACAGAAUCCCUCAACCUACACCAUGAGUCUGAGAAGCGUCUGCCCAAAUCUUGCCUGGUGGUUCUGUGUAAGUUUGAGCCUGUGCUGCAGUGGACCAGAGAGUGUGACAACCUGCUCUACCAGACUCUGGUGGAGAUCCUCAUCCCUGAUGUGCUGAGACCUAUCCCCAGUGCCUUAACUCAGGCCAUACGUAACUUUGCCAAAAGUCUGGAGAGUUGGCUGUCAGGUGGCAUGAUGAACAUCCCAGAGGAGAUGGUUCGCAUUAAGGUGGUGUGUGUGAGCGCCUUCUCUCAGACGCUGCGUCGCUACACCAGCCUGAACCACCUGGCCCAGGCGGCACGCGCCGUCCUCCAGAACUCGGCCCAGAUCAACCAGAUGCUUUCAGACCUCAACCGAGUGGAUUUCACUAACGUACAGGAGCAGGCCUCCUGGGUGUGUCAGUGUGAAGACAGUGUAGUACAGAGGAUAGAGCUGGACUUUAAAACGACUCUGCAGCAGCAGAACUCUCUGGAGCAGUGGGCCACCUGGCUUGAUGGGGUCGUCACUAAGGCCCUAAAACCCUACGAGCAAAACCCCGCCACUCUACCAAAGGCUGCCAAGAUCUUCCUGCUCAACUGGUCCUUCUAUAGUUCUAUGGUAAUCAGGGACUUGACUCUGCGUAGUGCUGCCAGUUUUGGCUCCUUUCACCUGAUCCGCUUGCUAUAUGAUGAGUAUAUGUACUACCUGAUAGAACACAGGGUGGCCCAGGCUAAAGGAGUCACCCCCAUCGCUGUCAUGGGAGAAUUUGCAAGCACAAUCAAGAGUCGAAACUCUGCAGACUUGGACAAAGAAGAAGAAGAGGACGAUGAUGAAGAAGAGAGCGAGGAUGAGACCGGAGACCUGGUGCUGCAGUCCAGCUCUCUGAGUGCAGUCGACGAGGAGAAGGAGCCGAUGGAGCCACCAGCAAAGCAGCCCAGGACGAGUUUAAGUCUGCACACUCUGACUGAGGGCACACCCCUUUAAAUACUCACUUUAUAAUCUUCAUACACACACACACAUGCAUACACUUUACAUAAUCAUGUGCUCUAAGUUUAACAUCAUGUCAUCCCAUCCUGUCGACCCGUGUCCACUUCUCGUUUGCCAACAGACAACGUUUUUCUGUGUGGUGGUGUGGUGUGUGUAAUCAUGUAUGUGAAAGUGUGAACAUUUGCCAACUUCUUUUCCUCUGCACUUGUGCUACCAUUAUUUUUUCCUUUCUGCCUUCACUCUUCUUGUGCCCUGUGCCUUCCCUGUCCAUCCAGUGUCAGUAGCCACUCCUGUCCAGCCUCAGCUCUACUUUAUACAGUAUGGAUAUAUUCUUGAUUUCCCCUACCUAAUCAAUGACCUGAGGGCUGAGGAGAGAGGUUCUCCUCUAUAUCACUCAUUUAGCCUUUUAAAGCAAUGACUAUGCAGGGAAGGUGGACUUUAGUGAAUGGUACUUUCUAAACUAUACUUUUUUUUACCGUCAGAGUAGCAUCUGGAAUGAUACUGCAUCAUGUUGUUGGCAUGUGGAUGUUAAUUGAAAGGAAUUAGCCAUAUUUUUUAUUUUUUUCACAUAUUAUUCAUUUGGCCAUUUGACUGAUUACCCUGUGCCUUUGAGAGAUUACUAGUCUGGGAAAAAACUGUAUUCUAUAUAUUAUGUAUUGGUGGAUUAAUAAAUGAUGGUCCUGUGGAAUAGUCUCGGUGUCGUCAUGGCGUUUAAAAAAAAAAAAAAAAAAAAAACCUGAGAUGGUGACUGUAAAGCCUAGUUGUGGUGAUUCUUCCCAGUUUGUCGUUUCUCAUUCAUCCACCUUUUUUUUUCAUCUUUUCAUCAUCCAUUCCUUCAAGCCCAAAUCUCUCUUGACAAACAUCUCACACACACCUGAGAUGCAGUGUGAUCGAAAUGGCCAAAAGACGAGGCCAAAGCUUUUCCCACCCUAUCCCACUGUAUCCACGGCAACCAGUUGUUGCAACAGCUAGGAGCACACGCUGCAGGGCUCUCAAAAGUUUUUGUAGUGCAAAAGUAAAUGUUUAUUUUCUUGAUAUCAAUGUUAAAUAUUUUGUGGAUAAAUAUAUAUUAUGUACCUUUUGUCAAAACAGUCGUACAGCCACACUAUUUGUAUGUUGUUGAACCAUUAUUGCCUUAAGAAAACCUGUGUCCAACAUCCAGAUUAUUGAGCUAUAUUUUUAUUGUGAUGACAAUGGACCAAGCAUGGGAACAUGGCGACUUUAAAUAUAUUAGCAAAUGUUAAUGUAACAAAGAGUGUGACCUUAUGACAGAAAAGGAAAAAAAGAUCAUUAUAGUUUUAAGUGGGAUGACCUGCAGGAUGCUCCGACAACCCAGAUCCCACCAAAGAUGCUAAAAAGUAAACAAAGUAAUUAGCAUUUAUUUAUAUGUUGAGGAAGGCAGGCUAAGACAUGAAAUAUAAAACCAAGUGGGUAAAAUAUGUGGCAUUGAUUUUGUCCUUAGCAGGAGCUUCUGAACCUUUUAUAGAUGAGCUCCUUGUUUGUCUUAUUACACCUUUGUACUCUAUUAUGUGAUUAACGUUUGUAGCUUUAUUGUCUCUGCUGACUAAAAGGACGUGAUUGCUUUCAAAA